CAAAUCCUCCUUAUUUUUCUUUUCUCACUGUAAUUACUAAUCCCUACUCCUCGCGCUCCGGAUUCUCCAAAUUCUUGCCUUUAAUAUUAGGUUUUCUCAAGUUAUUUUUUGUUUAUUUUCACAAAAUUGAGCCCUAAUUUUAUGAAUAAUCGAAGCAUAAGCAGUGGCGCGAACAGUGAAGAGGGAGAUGGUUAACGCUAGCAGUCGUGUUACUCGAAACAGUGAACAGAACAAAAAUGGAGAACAAGGUACGGCUGAUAACAUCGGAACUGAAGACAGUGCUGUUGAGCGCAGAGUUCUUCGUUCGAAGUACCUCAUAUUUAAGAAUCGGAUUAGCGAUGAGAGAGAUGAUUUAUCAAAAGUUGAUUCAGAUAUAUUCAAAUUAAUGAUUGACGAAGUUGACAGCUUGCAUCAGUUUGUACAAAAGCCCAGGGAACAAGUAGCAGAUGCUGAAGCUCUGUUCGACAUUACAAACACAUUGGUGACUUCUGUUAAAGCUUUUAACAAUGAAGGCUGGACUCCUUCAGAUUUUGUUAGCUGUCUUCUGAGGGAUUUCGGGCAGGAUGGUGGACCAAGCAGUGGCCAGCAUGAGGGUUGGAGUUUGAUACGGUGGAAAGACAUUGGACAAGUAGUCUCUCAUUUUUUCGCGAGUGGUCCUGGUUGUUGCACGAUGAUUGGGCCCAUGAACACUGAGCUGAAACAGCGUAAGGUUGCAGUGUAUAGAAAGCGUACAAGACCGACUGAAAAUGAACAUCCUGAAGAGCUUGAUGAGAACGCUAAUAAGGAAAGAACUGAUACUGAUAAGAACAUGGCCACUAUGUUUGAUAUUCUGAGGAGGAAGCGCAAAGUCAAGCUCGAAAAUUUGAUAUUGAACAGAAACUCUUUUGCGCAGACUGUCGAAAAUCUAUUUGCUCUGUCCUUUCUGAUAAAAGAUGGGCGAGCUGAGUCAUCAGUUGAUGACGCUGGAUGUCAUCUGGUUUCCCCAAGGAAUGCUCCUAGUGCAAGUGCAAUUCAAUCUGGGGAGGCCACUUACUGCCAUUUUAUAUUCAGAUAUGAUUUCAGAGACUGGAAGUCGAUGCUGACUUCAGUUGAAGCUGGAGAAGAACUAAUGCCACAUAGAACUGAGGUGCAUGAAGCAAGUAACCCUCAACCCGAGCCUAAUGAAGCUCAUGCAGCCCAGCCCACAACACCUAUAAGGAAAUUAUGCAGGAAUCGAGGGUUGGUUAUGCAGGAACAAGACUUGGUUGCAGAUUCUCCUCAAAGUGACGAUACAGCUGCUGCUAGAGCUGCCACCAUUCGCAAGGGCAAAAGGAAACUAACGCCACUCUCUCCAUGGUUGAAGAAUGCUGUGCACGGAGUUGGCCCCUCUUGGGCUGGACGAGAUAUGGCUAGCCUAGUUAUGACUCACUACUGUGCUAUCUGUUUGAGCUCCGAUUUACCUAGCCCAAAUCCAUUAAAGCUUACAGUCGUCAGCGAAGCCGAGGUCCAGCCCAACUCAAACCCAUUUAAGGAGCACGUGCUUAGUUUAUCUCGUCGAGUCAUACUCUUACUCCCCAAUCCCCAUCGUCUUCAAUCUAAGGAGCACGUGCUUAGUUUAUCUCCCAGGCCUGACCCACCUGCCCCAGCAGCCAGCUUUGGAGCCUCGGCCACUGCCAAGGUUAGCGUGGACGCCUCGCUGGCAGGCGCCAUUAUUGGGAAAGGAGGCGUGAACUCGAAGCAGAUAUGCCGGCAGACGGGUGCCAGGCUGUCGAUCGAAACGAACCCGGGCCUGAAGAAUAUUGAGCUCGAGGGCACGCUGGAGCAGAUUAAGGAGGCGAGUGUGACGGUGCAAGAGCUCUGUGAUAAUUUUGCCAAGGGGUCGUGCCCAUUUCGCGCACGGGGCUUUUGA